AUGUCACUACAACUUAGCUCUUUGUUAUUUGAGAGACCUAUCACCUUCUCAGUUACUCAUGCAAAGUGCACAGACACUGAACGGCUAGAAUUGUGGUCUAGUCUCCUAGUGGACAACCCGGAUCAAUCCCCUUGGUUGAUUGUGGGGGAUUUCAACGUCAUCGUGUCGGCGGAGGAGAAAAGGGGAGGGUUGCCUUUUAGACCAGCAGAGGGUUGGGAUUUUUUAGAUUUUAUGUCUCAGGCAGGGGUUUUUGAUGUGGGGUACUCGGGCUCUUGCUUCACAUGGUGCAAUAACAGGCACGGACGGGCGCGUAUCUGGAAGCGAUUAGAUAGGUUGCUAAUGAAUCAAGUUGCUUCUAAUUUCGCUAUGGAUUUUAGCGUUCACCAUUUAUCUAGGGAUCAUUCGGAUCAUGCGCCAUUAUUAUUAUCGGCUACGACAAAACUAGACAACAAGCCGAGGCCAUUCCGAUUCUUAAAUUUUUGGGCAUCUAAGCCUGGGUUUUUGGAUGUGGUCCGAUGCAACUGGAACGUGGCUUUCUCGGGGCCUCCGUUAAUGGUCCUUGCUGCUAAGCUUCGAAGUGUCAAGAUGGUGUUACGUGCCUGGUCUCGGGAGGUUUUCGGAGAUAUCUUUGGCUCGGUAUGGGUGGCAGAGGACAUGGCCUUCAACGCUGAGUUGAGCUAUGACACUGAUCCAUCGGAAGACAAGCUUGUAGCAUUACAGGAGGCUCGGGCUCAUCUUCGGCGGUCGCAAGGGGUGGAGCAUAUGUUUUGGCAACAAAAAUCAAGGGUCAAAUGGUUGAAGGAUGGAGAUCGAAAUUCGAGAUAUUUCCAUGCAGUGGUGGCAGAGCGCCACCAACGGUCGGUAAUCCAUCGGAUUAAAUCAUCCACUAGGGAUUGGCUGGAGUCUGCAGAUGACAUUGAGAGUGAAGCCGAAUCCUUUUUUAAACGGUUAUUUACGGCAGAGUCCCCUAGUGCAACCUUUAAUGCUCUUGACGUUAUACCGAAAUUGCUGACGGACCAGGAUAAUGAGAUGCUAGACGAGAUCCCUUCUAAGGAAGAAGUUAAGUCAGUGCUUUUUGCAAUGGAUGGUGGGAGUGCGGCUGGGCCGGAUGGGUUCUCGGGUAGGUUUUUUACGUGUGCAUGGGACAUUGUGGCAGAGGAUGUCCACGCGGUUGUGGUAAGUUUCUUCUGUGGAGAGGUGCUGCCUAGGAGUAUAUCUUCCAAUUCAAUAGUGCUGAUUCCGAAGGUCCAGUCUCCGCAGGAUUUUACCCAAUUCCGUCCGAUUAGCUUGUGUAACUUUAUCAAUAAGGUGAUAUCCAAGGUCUUGUCGGACAGAUUAGCAUGGAUCUUGCCGAAGAUUAUUUCUCCUCAGCAGAGUGGCUUUGUGAAAGGAAGGCAUAUCUCUGAUAAUUUUCUGUUGGCUCAGGAGCUUAUAUCUGGAAUUCGUCGCUCUAAUAGGGGAGGGAAUGUGGUGUUAAAGUUGGACAUGGCCAAGGCUUACGACCGCGUUUCAUGGGUUUUCUUGUUACAAGUACUGCGUCGAUUUGGUUUCACGGAGAGGUGGAUUGAUAUGAUUUGGCGGUUAAUCUCCAAUGUUUGGUUUUCGGUUCUGGUCAACGGCUCUCCUUGUGGCUUUUUCCAAUCAACUAGGGGGCUCCGACAAGGUGACCCCAUUUCACCGGCUCUUUUUGUUAUUGGGGCAGAGUUCCUGUCUAGGUUGCUUAACUCUUUGGUUGGCCAGCGUGGAUUCCUGCCGUUUAAGAUUCCUUCCAGAUGUCCUGCCAUUACACAUCCAGCUUUUGCAGAUGACGUAAUUAUUUUUUGUAGCGGGGUUAAGAGUACUUUGCGGCAUGUUAUGAGGGUAUUGGGGAUGUAUUGUAGUAUGUCUGGGCAGCAGGUAAAUUGUCUGAAGAGUUGCUUUGUUACUCAUGAUAAGUUGAGCCCUGCUCGUCGACGUGUGGUGUCACAAGUUUCUGGUUUUCAGGCCAAGUCCCUCCCACUUAAGUAUCUUGGAUGUACUCUCUAUUCCGGAAGACGGAGAUGUAGCUACUUCUUGGACAUCUGCUCCUCAGUUGCAAAGCGGGUUCUAUCGUGGAAGGAAAAGUUAUUGUCGCCUGGUGGGCGUUUGGUUUUAAUCAGGAGUGUUUUGUCGUCGUUGCCUCUACACAUCCUUGCUGUCACGGAUCCUCCAAAGGGUGUGCUUCAUACCCUCGAGAAGGUUUUUGCAAAUUUCCUUUGGGGAAGGUCUGAGGGGGGUAAUCGCUACCAUUGGAUUAGAUGGGAGACUAUGUGCAAACCGCUUGAUGAAGGGGGGAUCGGCGUGCGGUCCCUGGCGGAUGUGUUGGAGACAUUUUCAGUGAAGCUAUGGUGGUCCCUCAGGCAAUGUUUAUCCCUCUGGGCAGAAUUUAUGCACGCUAAAUACCUCCAUGGCGGUCAUGCGUGUGAAGCGGAACUUCAGCGCUUUCAAUCUCCCACCUGGAGGAGGCUGGUCAGGUGCCAGGCUCUGGCAGAUUCCCAUAUCCAGUGGGUGUUGCAGAAUGGAAUGGUGGACUUUUGGCAUGAGAAUUGGAUGGGUGCAGGGUCGUUGUGCCAACAGGUUGAGAAUUUUGGUGAUCACGCCGUAGCGGACUUCGUGUUGAAUGGGAGCUGGAACGUUUCGAUGCUUCAUCAAUGGCUACCUGAUAGCAUUGUUUCUAGGAUUAUGCAAAUACGCCCUCCUGAUAUUUUUUCUACACGCCCAGAUAGGAUGGUGUGGGACUUGGAGACAACUGGUUCCUUCUCCUUCUCAUCUGCAUAUAAUUUGGUCCGACAGGAUUCCAACAUUUCCAUCUUCUCCUCUAAUAUUUGGUUGUCAGCUUUGCCUGUAAAAAUCUCUUUUUUUAUGAUUAGGAUGUUAUCGGGCCGCCUGCCUGUGAUGGAAUCGCUGCAGAGGCGGGGUGUCUGCGGUCCAUCUCGUUGUUCUUGCUGUGUCAACCCAGCGGUGGAGUCAGUUGAUCAUGUCUUUUGUGCUGGAGAUGUCCCACGGUGGGUAUGGAAUUCUUUUCAGGUAGAGGCAGGAGACUUUGCACAUGUCUCAACGGUAAAACAUGCAGUCAUUCAAUGGUGGAUGCGCCCAGCUAAGAACAAGUUGAUGAAAUUGUUGUAUCAGAUAUUGCCUUCGCUUAUUUGUUGGCAUCUUUGGAAGGCUAGGAACGUGGCGGUGUGGGAAGGAAAGGUGUUGUCAGCGAUACAGGUACAUGGCUUCAUUCUUUCGGAUCUCUGUGAUAUUCUUCAGGUGCACUUUAAGGAUAUGGGGGUGGGACGUUAUUCGUGGCAUCGACUACACAUUUCGCUGAUGGGGUGGAAGAAGGAAAUGAGGGUCACAUUAGUCAGGUGGCUGCCUCCGGCUUCUACCCUCCUAAAACUGAACACCGAUGGGUGCUCCUUAGGGAAUCCGGGGAGGAGUGGAGGUGGUGGGAUUUUGCGAGAUAGUGCAGGAAUUUUCAGACUUGGUUUUGCGGGUUAUUGGGGAGAGACGACGAGCCUACAUUCAGAAUUGAAGGCCUUGUUAUUUGGGAUUAAGUUGUGUGUCACGCGAGGCUUUUGUUGCUUGCACCUGGAGUCUGAUUCCAUUCUUUUAGUCCAAAUGGUCACAGGGGUUGGUAGAUGCCCAUGGGCCUUGCAGCGAGAGCUGGACGAGUUGCUUGCCUUUCGGAAUGCUUUUCAUGCUGUCUCCCAUUGUUAUCGCCAAGCGAAUGUGCCAGCAGAUCGGCUUUCUAAGAUUGGGACAGAUACCGGCUCUACCGUUAUCUAUAACUCGUUUGUGCAAUUGCCGCGUUUGGUUCGAGGAGACCUUAGGUUGGAUAGGCUUGGCUAUCCUAACUUCCGUGCUUCUUGA